AUGAUAGCACCACUCCUGAAACGAUGCCCAUUUAUCCGAAAAUUGGCAAUUCAUGAUGAACGUGCUCUGUGUGGUGUGAAUAACAAUGUAUUGCAUGAUUUGGUAAAUGUCGAUGAACUUCACCUCUCUAGCAGUUUUUUUGCUGAAAGACAGUACGACCCGCUAAUUGAAACGCUAUUUUCAUUCUCGAAACUGCACCUGCUUCACAUACAACAACGGUAUAACGAAGAUAAAUGCCAGCGGAAUAUUAUACGCGAAAAGCAAGUGGAACAACUUGCAUCAAAAUCUCUUAGUAAUAUCAAGUUGCAGGGUGUCGUAAUAACAAAAUCAGUCUUGAAGUUACUUUGUUUAAAAUACCAAAAAACGCUAGAAAAAUUAUGUUUGCUGGGCGCACUCGUACCAUCUGAAGAUGCACCUACUUGCUUCCAAGCUAUAAAUGGCUUGAAUCGUCUAACGUGCCUGACAUUGGCUCCAUCGUUGUAUUCGAUCAGUACUACCAACAAAGCAUUCUUCAAAAAUUAUCCCUCGCUGAAGAGUUCGGAAACGCUAAAAUUAGUGGCAGUCUAUGUGUCACGGCCAGAUGUAUCACAAUUGAAGCUACUGUUCCGACAAAUACUUCCGGCUAGCGUCGAGCAAUUAAUACUUUACGAUGAAAGCUAUCGCACAGCUUAUCAGAUCAAGCAGGAAUCGAAAGAACUCAAACACAAGGUUCGGUUUUGUCGUGAUAACGAUAUAAUCAUCGACAACUACUGGAUGAACGGCAAAAGUGAACUAAUAACACAUACACUGUGGAAACCACCCUACAAAACCAAUACCUCUUUGCCCUCAGUGUUGCCAGAAUGGUAUUGUGUAUUGAGCGAACUUAUGGAAACAGCAUUGGUCAGUGAAUUUUCAUGCACCUCUUCGUCAAGUGCCGGUACGACUCGGAAUACAUUGCAACUUAAUGAAUGCACCUGCAUGGAUCAUUCCACAUCAUGUAAUAAUGGAAACGAAAAAGUUGUAUGCUCACUGCAAGAAUAA